AUGUCAGCUAUCAAGAACGUCACUCUCGUCGGUGGAACCGGCCACUUGGGCAGCUUCGUCUUGGACAAGCUUCUCGCCUCUGACAAAUUCAACGUUCAAAUCCUCCAACGCACCAGCUCAUCAUCCGCCUACGCCCCAACCGUGAAAGUAGUCAGGGCUGACUUUGAGGAUCCGCAGUCCCUGACAGCCGUCCUCAAAGGAGGGAAUGCCGUAGUGUCUACCGUUGGCGAAAAGGGUAUUCUAGGCCAAAGACUCCUGAUCGAUGCUGCAAUCGCCGCCGCUGCACUAGCUUGUCGACAAUCGGAGAGCCGUGGUCGUCAUCCAGCCGAGACUCAGAACCGCGCGGUUUACGUCCCCGAGAGCUUCAUCUCACAGAACCAACUCCUCUCCUUUGCCAAGCACAUCGCACCCAACAAGCCGUGGGCGCCAGUAGAUGCAGACUUGAAUGUGGCGGUGGCUGGUGCUCUUGAGCGUCUUGCCCAGGGACAGCAUGACUUCCCGACUGUGAUUCCUAUCCUACUCAAGUCGGUUGUGGACAAUGAGUAUGGUCCUAAUUUUGCUGAGAAUGAUAAUGAGUUGUUGGGUAUCACGGAGAAAGGGGACGAGUAUUUGAUUGAGCUCUUGAACCCAUUGCUCUAA